AUGGCUUCAGAAAAGCAGAGCAAGAAGACGCGCAUACUUCUGAUCCCAUUCUUCGCCACCAGCCACAUCGGCCCCUACACCGACCUCGCCGUCCGUCUCGCAGCGGCCAGGCCUGGCUCCGUCAAGCCCUCCAUCGCCGUGACCCCGGCUAACGUCACAGUGGUUCGGUCGGCCAUCGAGCGGCAUGGCCCCGCGGCGAGCGGCACGGUCAAGAUCGUCACGUACCCAUUCCCGUGCGUGGACGGCCUCGCUCCGGGCGUGGAGAACCUCUCCACCGCCGGAGACGACGCGUGGCGCAUCGACGCCGCUGCCAUCGACGAGGCCCUCUCGCGGCCGGCACAGGAGGCGCUCCUCAGGGAGCAGGUGCCCGACGCCGUCGUCACGGACUACCACUUCUUCUGGAACAGCAGCAUCGCCGCCGAACUGGACUUGCCGUGCGUCGUUUUCAAUGUCAUCGGCCCCUUCGCGGGGCUCGUCCUGAAGCUCCUCACCGGCGCCGUCGUCAGUGACGGCGGCUCUGCGUCCCAUGACGUUGCCGUUCCCGGGUUGCCGGGGCCGGAGAUACGGAUCCCUGUCAGCGAGCUGCCGGAGUUCUUGAGACGACCAGGGAACGUCCAAGGCACGUUCAAUCCUUGCAACGCGGCGAUGGCCAGGUGCUUGGGCGUCGCCUUCAACACGUUCGCAGACCUGGAGCAGGAGUACUGCGAGGCACGCGUGCGCGUCGGAUCCAUGAAUCGCGGCUACUUCGUCGGCCCGGUCUCACUGCCGUUGCCACCGGCCGCAGCAGGCAUCAGCGAGUCUCCCUGCAUCAGGUGGCUCGACUCCAAGCCGAGCUGCUCAGUGGUGUACGUGUGCUUCGGCACCUACGCUGCCAUCUCGGGCGAUCAGCUCCGGGAGCUGGCACUGGGUUUGGAAGCCUCAGGGAAGCCGUUCCUGUGGGUGGUGAGGGCCGACCGAUGGGCGCCGCCGGACGGCUGGGCUGAGCGUGUUGGCGAGAGAGGGAUGCUGGUAACAGCGUGGGCGCCGCAGACGGCGAUACUGGCCCAUCCAGCCGUGGGCGCGUUCCUGACGCACUGCGGGUCGAGCUCGCUGCUGGAGGCGGCGGCGGCCGGCGUGCCGAUGCUGACGUGGCCGUUGGUGUUCGACCAGUUCAUCGAGGAGAGGCUGGUGACGGACGUGCUCAGGAUCGGGGAGCGGGUCUGGAGCGGGGCGCGGAGCACGAGGUACGAGGAGAGGGAGCUCGUGCCGGCGGAGGCCGUUGCUCGGGCGGUGGGAAAGUUCUUGGAGUUAGGUGGGGCGGGGGAGGCGGCGAGGGGCAGGGCGCGGGAUCUCGCCGUGAAGGCCCACGCAGCCGUAGCGGAAGGCGGCUCGUCGUCCCGUGAUCUGCAGCGCCUCAUCGACGACCUGAUCGAAGCCAGAGCCGCUGCCGGCGUCGCAACCUCGGCGUCUGUUGCAUCCGUGGCAACGAGCAGCAACGCUGACUGCGAGUAG